CAGCUUCUGCUCUGCGGACGGAGUGGGGUUGCGUACUCAACUCGACUAACGGCACACUACCUGUAAUCAUAGCUUCAUUUAAAUUUUAUAUCUAAUAUAGAAAAUGCUAUGCAGUGGAGAGAAUCGAAGGCAGUUCCCCCCUAAUGUAAUAGCAAGUACUUAAUAGUUCUGUAGCCAGACUACAUUACUGCGGUAUUAGGAGCACUUGGUAGAAUUUAUGAAUUUUAGGGAAUAAAAUCACCGGUGCGUUUUCCUGGAAUCGUUAUAAGAUGUCCACGAGGCUGCCUCAUACAGUGGUCUUCAUUGCUGUCAUUUGUGCCACCAGUGCCCAACAAGAGGGAAGCAAGUGUGUCCAUGCUGAUGCCAAGUCCUGUGGGGAGUGUAUACAGGCGGGAGAGACCUGCGCCUGGUGCUCAGACCCCAAUUUCCUGAAGCAGGGAGAGCCAACCUCGUCCCGGUGCGAUGAGCUGAAGGUUCUGAGGAGGAAGAACUGCUCAGCAGCCAUGAUUGAGAAUCCGCACGGCAGUCGGAGGAUUGAGCUGGACAAGCCUGUCACCAACCGCCACAAGAGCAAGGCGGCGUGGCCGAGACCUGAGGAGAUAACGCAGAUACAGCCGCAGAAGCUCUCCAUGGAGCUGAGGAUCGGGGAACCCCAGUCCUUUAAUUUGACCUUCAAGCGAGCUGAUGACUACCCCAUUGACCUCUACUACCUCAUGGACCUCUCUUACUCCAUGAACGAUGACCUGCAAAAUGUUAAGAACCUGGGAACAGCCCUCAUGGAGGAGAUGAAGAGCAUCACCUCGGAUUUCCGAAUCGGCUUCGGCUCCUUCGUGGAAAAGACGGUGAUGCCCUUCAUCAGCACCUCACCAGCCAUGAUGCAGAACCCGUGCUCUCUGCACCAGCAUUGCACUAGUCCCUUCAGCUACAAGAAUGUGCUGAGCCUCACCAGUAACGGGACGGAGUUUAACCGGCUGGUGAGCGAGCAGCAGAUCUCCGGCAACCUGGACUCCCCGGAGGGAGGCUUUGACGCCAUGAUGCAGGUGGCCGUCUGUGGGGAACACAUCGGCUGGAGGAACGUGACUCGGUUGCUGGUCUUCUCCACCGACGCCGGCUUCCACUUCGCCGGAGAUGGCAAGCUGGGUGGCAUCGUGCUGCCCAACGAUGGCAAGUGCCACCUGGUGGACAACAUCUACAGCAUGAGCCACUACUACGACUAUCCCUCCAUCGCACAUCUGGUCCAGAAGCUGAGCGAGAACAACAUCCAGACCAUCUUUGCCGUCACACAGGACUUUCAGCCUAUUUACAAGGAACUGAAGAACCUCAUUCCCAAGGCUGCAGUGGGGACCUUGUCGUCCAAUUCCAGCAACGUCAUCCAGCUCAUCAUCGACGCCUACAAUUCCUUAUCAUCUGAAGUGAUUCUGGAGAACAGCAAGCUACCAGCUGGUGUGAGCAUGGCAUACACGUCUCACUGCAAGGAUGGCAUCGCUCGAAGGGGCGAGGAUGGCAGGAAGUGCCUAAAUAUAUCAAUCGGGGAUGCGGUGACUUUCACCAUCAGUGUCACAGCACAGAAAUGCUUGAAGGACAACAAGGAGCAUUCCAUCAAGAUCAAGCCCCUGGGCUUCAACGAGGAGGUGGAGAUCCUGCUUAGCUUCAUCUGCACGUGUGCCUGUCAGCAGCAUGGCGAGCCCAACAGCCCACGGUGCCAUGGCGGAAACGGCACAUUCGAAUGUGGGGCCUGCAGGUGUAACGAAGGUCGCAUCGGCCAGCUAUGCGAGUGCAGCACGGACGAGGUUGACACCAAGGACAUGGAUGUCAACUGUCGCCGUGACAAUGGCAGCGAGAUCUGCAGCAACAACGGGGACUGCAUCUGCGGAACGUGCGUGUGUCACAAGAGGCAGAACCCGGAGGAGCGCUACUCAGGGAAGUACUGCGAGUGCGACAACUUCAACUGCGAUCGCUAUGAAAGCAAGCUGUGUGGAGGACACGGCCGCUGCGAGUGCCGUGUGUGCAUCUGCGACGCCAACUACACGGGCAGUGCAUGCGACUGCCCGCUGGACACCACGUCCUGUCUGGCCCCCAACCAACAGAUCUGCAACGGCCGUGGUGUCUGUGAGUGCGGCGUGUGCAAGUGCACCGAUGACAAAUACCAGGGGCGGACCUGCGAGAGCUGCCGCACCUGCCCCGAUGCCUGCAUCGAGCACAAGGACUGCGUUGAGUGCAGGGCCUUCGGCACUGGGGAGAAGAAGAAGAACUGCAGUGAAGAGUGUGGGUACUUCGUGCUGGAACUCGUGGACGAUCAGAAGUCGCUGCCGGACUCUGGGCAACACAUCCCCUGUAAACAGCGGGCCGAAAAUGACUGCUGGUUCUACUACAUCUACGGGGUCGUCAAUGGCACGCAGGAAAUGGUGUAUGUAGCUAAAAAGCAAGAGUGUCCGGUGGCUCCCGACAUCCUCCCCAUCGUUCUGGGGGUGGUGGUGGGCAUCGUGCUGAUUGGCUUGGCCCUGCUGAUGAUUUGGAAGCUGCUCACUGUCAUCCAUGACCGGCGGGAGUUUGCCAAGUUCGAGAAGGAGAAGUUGAACGCCAAAUGGGACUCGGGCGAGAAUCCCAUCUACAAGAGUGCCGUGACAACCAUCAUCAAUCCCAAAUACGAGGGCAAGUGAUGGACCUACUUCCACCGUACGCUAACAGGAGCACUGAGAACGGUGGGGGGAGGGGGGGGAAUUUAUUUACUUGCUUUUCUUUUUGUGGCACAAUACAGUAUGUUACGCAUUCAUAGCCACCCUCAUAGUAUGUUUAAAGAACAUAUUUAAAGAACAUAUUUUUAAUACGUCAGUUGUGUGAUGUACAGCAUGUGUGUGUUGGACAUUUGUCAAGGGUGAAAGAUCGUACCUUGGACUGUCGGUCUUAUGGCCCAAUAGUGACUGCGGCUAAGGAUUUGAGCUAAUCUAAAGCUGAUGGUUCUAGGAUGCUUCCUCUACCAUUUGGGGGCUUGCUGUUGGACCCAUGAGUUACCUACCCACCCUAAAGUACUUCAUUAAAAAUGGUUAAAUCAUAAGUGAGGUGUAUUGUAAGAUUGCUCCAGUGUGAUAAGCAUGCUGGCUAAAUCCCCCCCCCCCCUCCCACAAUGCCAGUGCAUUUACAGGGUGAAACAUUGUGGCUGUAUGGUGAAUAAACCAUCUCUGGCCUUUUCCAGAACCACAGAACGUACAGGGUGUGUCUGUAACUCAGGGAACCGGCUGAUUGGCCAUCAGUGUCAGUGAGCUUUAACUGGGAUCCCGAAAGCUUUAGCGAUGCUAACAUGCUACUCGCUUUCCAUUAGAGUGCCCAAGACAUGUUAGUGUUUCUGCUCUGUGAACAGCGGCUUUUAAACACCUCACUAUCACUUAUGUGCCUGUAACUGCACUCUGCACAGUCUUGGUGCUAAAGACCUCCUUUUUUUUCUGCCUGGUGUCCUCUGUGUUCACCUUUUCCAACCUGUUUCCUAAGUUAUUUAUUAAAUAAAGCGGCAGCGUGACUCA